GGGAAUGCAUGUGGUUGUCGGGUCGGAAGCUUGGCAGCAUGGGGAAGAGGAAGGCCCGGCAGCAGGAGCAGCUGCUGAUCGGCAGCUUGAGCAAGAAGCAGAAGAAGCACCUGAAGGAUUUCGGGGAGGAGCACCCCUUCUAUGAUCGAGUUUCUAAGGAAGAACACCCCACGCAAAUUUGUGAUCUGACUGAAAAUUCUGAGCAGUCAAGCUCAGAAAGUGAUGCAGAGAAUGAUUUGGAACCUGUCUCAGUGUAUCACAAGCUGCUGGCUACAUUGAAAACUACUCCAUAUUCAGACACAGAGGAGGACGAAGACGAGGAGGAGGAAGAUGGAUUCGAAGAAGGAAGUGACAAGGAUGGCACAGAAGCAGACAGUGAGGAGCUGGAAGAUGAAGGGGAAAUGGGCGACGAAGGAAAUGCCAGCCAUGUGCCUGACCCAGAAUCAGAUAAGGAAAAUAGCCAAGAGGAACCUGAGGGUCCAGGGAUUUCAGAGCACCUACAAACUGGAGCUGCAGAAGAAUUCACAGAUAUACAACAUGAAUCUGAGUUUAGCCUGGAAGCCAAUUUCAUGGAGGAAGAGCAUAGUGAUCCAAGCGCAGAUCAGAAAGAAAGCAUUUCUUCUGCAGACAUUACUAAAGAUCCAUUUAAAUGUCACAUGGAUGAAGAGCUAGAAGAAAAAGAAGUAGAUAAAAUUCUUGCACGCUCAAAAUCUACUGGUCAAGUCAAGUGGCCAGUCCUGGGUCAGGUGGCAUUUUCUUUCGCAUUGGAGAAGUUUGGCAUGAUUAAGCCAGAUAAAGAAGUGGACCUGAAAGAGCUUCAUCUUCAUAAGCCAUUAGGAUCCACAUGGCCAAAAGUGAACAGCCAGUUCCUUUCUAUGAAGACUAAGUCAAAAGCUCAGCCAUUUACCCCUUUGCAAAGAGAGCUCUUCUGCAUUAUGAAUUCUUACAUGGACUUGUUCUAUCCAGAGAGGACGGCCUUAAGGAACGGGGAGGAGAUUCGUCAUGUCUAUUGCCUGCACGCCCUGAACCAUGUUCUAAAGGCAAAUGCUCAGGUGCUUGGCAAUAAUGCCAAACGAAGGGACCAAAAGCCAGGAAUGGAUGAUGAUGGAUUCAGGGAUCAAGGACUCACUAGGCCAAAGGUCCUGAUGGUGGUGCCCUUCCGGGAAUCUGCUUUACGUGUGGUCCAGAUUUUUAUCAGCCUCCUUGAAGCGAUGAGUCAAAAGAAGAUCAAUGUGAGUAACAAGAAACGGUUCAAGGGAGAGUUUGGCUCAGAUCCAGAAGAAAGACCUCCAAAUCUGAAAAGGCCUGAAGAUUAUGAUGCUGUGUUUGCUGGGAACAUUGAUGAUCACUUCAGGAUAGGUGUUGCAGUUCUUCAGAAGAGUAUGCGGCUGUAUGCACCAUUUUACUCCUCUGACAUUAUCAUUGCAUCUCCUCUUGGCCUGAGGACAGUUAUUGGAGCUGAAGGCGAGAAAAAGAGAGAUUAUGAUUUCCUCUCAUCGAUAGAGAUCCUUAUCAUUGAUGAAACUGACAUCUACCUAAUGCAGAACUGGGAGCAUGUUUUGCAUGUGUUUAACCACAUUAAUCUGUUACCUUUGGAAUCGCACGGGGUGGAUUUCUCGCGGGUGCGAAUGUUCAGCCUGAAUAACUGGUCUAAGUAUUAUCGGCAGACAUUGCUUUUUGGUGCCCUCCAGGAUCCUCAGAUCAACUCUAUCUUCAACAAGCAUUGCUUCAAUUACAGGGGACAGGUAGCUGUACGGAAUGCACCCUUGUCAGGCUCCAUCAGUCAUGUUGUGGUACAGCUCCCUCAUGUUUUUCGCAAGGUGGAAGCUGAAAACUCUAUUUCUGUAAUAGAUGCAAGGUUUCACUUCUUCAUCGACAAAGUGUUGCCCGAGUACCGUGAUGCUGUCAUGUCUCACACAGUCAUUUAUGUCCCAUCCUACUUUGAUUAUGUGCGCCUUCGGAACUACUUCAAGAAGGAAGAGCUGAACUUUACACACAUGUGUGAAUACACUAGCAAAUCUGGCAUUUCCAGGGCAAGGCAAUUCUUUCUAAAGGGAGAGAAACAAUUUCUGAUUUUUACAGAACGUUUCCACUUUUAUAAAAGGUACUCUAUUAGAGGCAUCAGGAACCUGAUUUUUUAUGAGCUGCCUACCUAUCCACAUUUCUAUAGUGAGAUCUGCAAUAUGUUGAAGUUGGCUGGCAGCAGGGAAGAGGCCACCUUGACCUGCACAGUGCUUUACUCAAAAUAUGAUGCUCAGAAGCUAGCUGCCGUGGUGGGUAUUGAACGGGCAGCCCAAAUGCUCCAGGCUUCCAGAAAUGUGCACCUUUUUGUCACUGGAGAAAUGGAGUAAAAUGAACUUCAAACUGAAAUAUGGAUGGACUCCUGGGACUGUUUAAUGGCAGACCACCUGGAAAGAUGUUGAAAUGGAAGAGAAUGGAAGUUACUUAUGCAGCACCUCUGUUUUUGAAGGACACUGUUUGCAUUUUAAUGAAGAAAUAAAGGAUGCAAAAAGUG